AUGAAGCGAAUAACUUCCGACAGGCAUACCAAACCGAAGAGGAACUCGAAGGUUCUCACGUCCGGCCCGCCGGAUUGGAACUGGCCAAGACCGCAGCCGUCGCGGCGAAUGUCGCAGAUGGGACGAGCCUCGGUUUCGGUUCCCUCGGAGCCGGACCGCAGAUUCAAUGUUGUCCCGUUCAGAGCGCUGGUACAGGCCUUUCACAUGGAAGAGAGCGAGGUCGCGAAGCGGAUCUUCCCUUCGCCGCGCGUGUUUGCACAGUUUCAGGCUGUGAAAGAGAUUCUGCUGGCCGGUGAUGCGAAUCGUUUGGUGGCAGAGCUGACUUUCGUGCGCAUCAACGACCUUGCGGCGCCACCAGACAAGAUCGAUGUCUUGCUCUACCUGGAGCCCGUCGUCGCCUUGACGAUCCUGGGGAAUGGAGUCAUGAUCGGCUUCCAAAGUUCAGAUGACUAUCAAAACUGGCCAGGUUGGUUUUGGUUCGAGGUGGGCUUUGCCUUGGUUCUGAUCCUGGAGUGCUGCCUGCGGAAUUUUGUAGGUGGCUGCAGAAACUAUUUCUGCGGCGUGGAGAGGAUAUGGAACUGGUGUGACAUCGGCUUCAUCGGCACCGCCUUGACAGAUAUACUGUUGGAGCUCCUCCGAGUAGACUCCGGGGCAAUGUUCUUCACAACUCUGCUCCGCUUUGUGCGGCUGGUGCGGCUGACGCGGAUAGUUAAGGUCUUCCGUCUCCACUGGAUGAAAGAGCUUCGCUUGAUGCUCAAAGGACUCGUUGGCAGCAUGCAAACAUUGCUGAUGGCGUUCGUCCUGCUGUUCGUGGUGUUAUAUGUCCUUGCCGGGCUGGCGACAUACACACUGGGCCGUGAUGAUGUUCUCGAAGCGAAAGACUACGAGUUGCAUGCCCUUUUCGAGAACUUGCCCGUGUCGAUGUUCACGGCAUUCCGGUGCUUCACUGGGCAGUGCGAGACAAUCGACGGUGCUCCUUUGGCGGCCGUUCUGGGGAAGGAGAUCGGUCUUCCUUUCGUCAUACCCUACAUUUGCAGCUACAUGCUGGUUUCCAUGGGUAUUUUCAACGUGAUCCUGGCGGUCUACGUGGACAUUACCAUGCGGGCCGCCAAGGAGAAUGAAGCCACCACAGCUGAGCAGCAUGCCCGAGAGAGCGUCCGAAUUGCUCGCACAACUCGUGAGCUGUUGAAGCGCUUUGCUGCCGCCAACAAGAUUUUUCGUGACAGGGAGGCGGAGGGUCUUGAGGCCUCGAGCCGACCCAGUGUCAGAAGCCGGUUUGACCUGGACCUGUCUCCCCAGUCCGCCCACUUCACAGACCAGGCGAUGCAAGACGAGAUUGAAAUCACCAAGGAGCUUUUCCUACUGGUGGUCCAAGAUCCCAGUGUCCAGGGACUCAUGGAUGAUUUGGAUUUGCCUGCAGACCGCGCCAAUCUCUUCGAGGUGAUUGAUGCGGACCAGAGUGGAACUCUUCACGUCAGCGAGCUCGUGCAAGGACUGCUCAAAGUGCGCGGCGAUCUCAAGAAGAGUGAUGCUGUCGCCGGGCUGCUGGCAACACAGUCGCUGCAGCAGAUGGUGUCAGACAUGCGAGAGGAGAUGCGGUCCUUCCUCCAGGAUGUAAUUCAAAAGCUGCCUGAUUCGCCGCGGAACACAAUAUGGGAGCGGAAUGGUGUGGAAGGUCACGCGCUUUGA